AUGUCCUCAGAAUCCAAGAUGAAACAGGAACCUGAAGACCUUGCCCUAGCCCAAGACACCUCCACACUGGGAACGGGCGAAAUACAACCCCAUCUAGCCACAGCCCAUGACGAUGUCUUCGGUAGUAUCUCUGCAGACGGGCCGAACUAUCGUGAUGUAUGCUGCCGUUCCAUUUAUUCUUCCCUAUCAAGAAGGAUGCAAUUGACUGGAGGUACAGGUCGACUGGCUCGGCACCGUCGCCCUGAUAAUGAAGACGCAGGUCGGCUUGGGCAUCCUCUCGAUCCCGUCUGCAUCGAUACAUUGGGUCUGAUACCGGGUUUGAUCUGCAUGCUUACUAUUGCAGUUAUUACCACGUGGUCAGACUACAUGAUUGGUGUCUUCAAGCUGAAUCACCGUGAGGUGUAUUCCAUUGCUGACGCCGUUGGGCUUAUGUUUGGACGAGUUGGAAGGCUGUUCUUUAGGGGCGCAUUCGUGCUUUAUUGGAUCUUCGUUGCCGGCUCCGGAAUGCUAGGCAUAUCAAUCGGGCUGAACGCCGUCUCGACGUACGGCGCAUGCACCGCCAUUUUCGUCGUCGUUGCAGCAAUUAUCGGAUUUGUCUUUGAAAUACGCUCCCUGUCACAUCCCCUUCUAGCCCUAGAUAGACCUGACAUCCCAUUCUUUACCGUCACUAUCGCCGUUGGCGUCCAGAAAUGCCCCUCAGAAGCACCGCGCACCUCUGGCCCCUGA